AUGGCUACUGAGCGAGCACUAGCAAUCCCGGAGAUCGUCUCUCACAUCUUUUUCCAGUUUACUAUCCAUCCACCCCAUGAGGCUCGCUGGCGGCAUAAUAGAACGCUGGCACGAUCAGCACGAGUCAGCAAGUCCUUUAUGGACCCAGCUUUGGACGCGCUCUGGAAUCAUCUCGAUUGGCUUCAUCCACUUCUACGACUACUCUCCGCAUGCAAGCCAGUCCUCUUCACUAACAAAGCACGAAGAGGGCCUAUACAUUUCGUAAAGCCAAUCUCGGGUUCGGAACCGAAGCACGUAUGGAUUUUUGACGGCAACAUCUGCGCUCUGGAGUGGGAGCGAUUCGAGACAUAUGCGCGGCGCGUCCGCUCUAUGUCGCUGGAGCUAGAUGGUAGCGUUGGUCCAUCGGUGUUUGCGGCUCUGGCACGCCAUAACGGGGGCCGUCCUCUUUUUCCUCUGCUCCGCGAAUUAUCGUGGAUGCAGUGGGUGCCGGCAUUCGAUGGCACUCACCAAAUGUUGGCUUCUCCCCAUCUGCGUGAACUCCAUAUCGACAUUCUGGUCUAUCCCGAGCGCAAAACUCACCAAGAGUUCUUGGCUGGUAUACUCGAGCGUCUCCUUAAAGAGAUGUCUCGCAUAUCGCCUGAUAUCAAGACAAUCUACCUAAACGGCGGGUUCAGACGCUGUCCUUCGGUUGCAGCGUUCAAACGCCUACGCUGCUUGCAAGUCAGCCGACAGACAUCUUGCCGCAUUGAUGGCGCAUUCAUGAGAUCUCUUUCGGACUUAAAAGACCUCACGGAGCUUUCCGUUCCUUGCGCUCCUCAAAUGAAGAUCCCGCCAAGCAGUCAAGGAUUCGACUCCUUGACAAGCCUUUGUUUGAUGUCCCUCGACGAUUCUGCGAUGCCGUUCUUAUCCGCAACAACGUUUCCUCGCCUUCGAUCCAUCGCGAUACAUUAUCACCCUAAACUCCCCAUGAAGCUUAACGGGUGCCGGAACCUCAUUGAAGACGUGACGAGGGCCUGUGCUAAGCUUCCUUCUCUUCGCAAGAUGUGUAUUGAAUUCGGCUUCGAUGAUGGAUUUAGAAGGGCACCACCUUUCCUCAACUUUGUACGGCCGCUUUUGUCGCUCACAGCACUCGAGGAUGUCGAGAUCAAGUGUGAAUACUGCACAAUGCCCGUGGAAAACAGCGACCUUCGUGAGGUGGCGCAGGCCUGGCCGCGACUGACACGUUUCUCAUUGGCUAUAUCAUCGCGGCUUGACUAUCCUCUCCUCCCGACUGUCGACUGUCUGGUUUCAUUUGCUCGGGCCUGCCCUAGCCUGAAACAGUUGGUCCUGCCCUCUAUGGCACACUCAUUGCCAAGAGCUCGCGACAUGAUGAUGGUUCCUGCUAUACCGGCGCAUGGUCUGCAAAGCCUGGAAUUCAUGACCAGACCAAAGGUCUUAGUCGAUCUCGACGUAGACUUCGCUCAUUGUCUGAAUCGCCUUUUUCCGAGAGUCUCGCUCUCGUGCAGUACCGUGGAAUUCCGGAGGGUAGCUUAUAAAGAUGGUCACAUGGCUUCUAGCGUCCUCAAAUGGGAUGCACUGGUCAAUCAAGUGGCUAGACUGCAGUCUACCAGGCGGCGUGAUAACCAACGAGGUACAAACGACCCCGACGAUAAUCCAGAGUAUGAAUGCCUGCAGACUAGUGUCAUCGGGGAUGUCGAGCAUCAGGGAUAA